AGGAGGACCCAGAGCCCACACAGAUUAAAGAGGAACAGGAGGAACUCAGGACCAGUCAGGAGGAAGAGCAGCUUCAAGGGCUGGAGGCUGAUAUCAUAGAGUUCAUAUUCACUCCACCUUGUGUGAAAAGUGAAUGUGUUCUGGAGGACCCACUUCAAGAAGCCAUACUAGCUGAACACCCAACUCUCAGUCCACUGAAAAUGUCUAAACUACAGUCGUUUCGAGAGUUUUUAAAUGAGCGUUUAACAGCGUUUGCUGCUGUGGAGAUUUCUGGGGCAUUUGCGAAAACAGUAGCGGAGUACCAGGAGGAGAAUGAUCGACUACGGAGACUGCUGCGGAUCUCACCGGAGAUACAACUAUGUAAAAUAGACUCCCUGCAGCUCUCUCUCUCUGUCUCUGAAGAGGAGGUUCCCCCUGAGCAGCAGCACUGUGAGCAGGAGUGGAGCCCCAGUCUGGGGCAGGAGGACCCAGAGCCCACACAGAUUAAAGAGGAACAGGAGGAACUCAGGACCAGUCAGGAGGAAGAGCAGCUUCAAGGGCUGGAUGCUGAUAUCAUAGGGUUCAUAUUUACUCCUCCCUGUGUGAAAAGUGAAUGUGAUCAGGAGGACCCACUUUGGUCCUUGACUCUUCCCCAAACCCAGACUGUGGAGAACAGAGAGAGUGACUCUAAACCAGUGGAUCUCAAACCUUUUGGCACUGUGACCCACCUAAAGGGUCUGGACAUUCCCUGUGACCCUCCAGAUAAUCAGAACAAUGCCUCCAGCCACAGCUCAGCCGUAAGCAGAGACCCAGUAGAAUUUGACAGCAGUCCACCAUUGGAUCCCAGCCCACUAUUGGAGAAACACUGUUCCAAACCCAGCACCACAUCUAGAAAAACUCACAACUGCCGUGACUGUGGUGAAACGUUUGCUCUGAAAGCUGACCUGCAGAGGCAUGUGACUCUCACCAAGAAGAGACUCAGGAAAUGCCGCUACUGCAAAAAACUCUACAACUCCACCUGUAAACUGAAGACUCAUGUCAGACUCUGUCAUGGUGGAAAACCCUGCACCUGCUCGGUUUGUGGCAAGACCUUCAAACAAAAAGGUCAUCUGUCCAGGCAUAUGAGAAUUCACACAGGAGAGAAACCGUUUAGCUGUGGUGACUGUGGGAAAAGCUUCCGUCUGAAGGGGCAUCUAACCAGGCACAAACUGAUUCACACAGGGGAAAAUCCAUUUAGCUGUGGUGACUGUGGGAAAAGAUUCAGUCUCAAACAGCACCUAACCAGACACAAACUGAUUCACACAGGAGAGAAACCUUUUAGCUGUGGUGACUGUGGGAAAAGCUUCAAUCUCAAGAAGACACUAACUGAACAUAUACGGACUCACACAGGAGAGAAACCUUUUAGCUGUGGUGACUGUGGAAAAAGCUUCAGUGUCAAGAAGACACUAAUUGAACAUAUACGGACUCACACAGGAGAGAAACCGUAUAGCUGUGGUGACUGUGGGAAAAGCUUCAGUGUCAAGAGGAACCUAACCAAGCACAAACUGACUCACACAGGAGAGAAACAACAUGGCUGCUCAGUCUGUGGUAAAAGAUUCAUUCAGAAGACUAAUCUGUUGAGGCAUGUCAAAAACAACCACAAAGAAAGAGAAGAUGAAGGAACAAAGAAAGAAAAUUAGGACAGAGAGACUAAGAGUAUUGAGAUACACCCAGAGAGUGGACUAAGAGAGUAUUGAGAUACACCCAAGAUCACCUGUGGACUCUAACUGGUCCUCCUUAUCCUGCUCAGUCCAAUGUCACACCAAUUAUCUAAUGUAUCUAUGUCCCUGUUGUUACUUUGUUCAUGAAAGGGGCAAUCUGCAGUUCAGACAACAACAAAGCAGCCAUCCCGACACUGUUUUUGGUGAACAUCGGAGGGAUGGGGUUGGAGAAUUGUAAAUACUCAAAUUCAUAGAUAGAUUUAAUUUAAUUUAAUCAAAUUUGCCUGUUGCUACUUUGUUCAUUAAAGGGACAAUCAGAGGUGUAUUAAACUACAAUGCAUGAUUUAGCAAGUUAGCUAGUUAACUUCCUUAAAUAUUCUGAAAUAGCUUUAUUUUGAGAAAGAUGAGCACCAAAUGGGCAUGGUCUAAUUGGCUCAACAAUCAAAAAAACAUAUGUAAGUGUAGAUUUCUUAAAUGAACCAAUAGUUAUUUCUGGUUGCUUAUCAAAGUUAUCUGGCUCAUUGACCCUGCUUUGUAGUGUACCCCUCUGCAGUUAAAACAAGAACAAAGUGGGGAAACCUGCCACUGUUUUGGUAAACAACUGAGGUUGGAGAAAUGUAAACUCUCAUAUUCAGACAGAUCUUUGGAUGCCAGGACUGAUCACCCAUAUAAUAGUUUUAACCAUGUUAUGAGGCUAUAUACAGUGUUUGUUAGCAAUUUACAUUGUUUACAAACAAUAGAUUAAAACAUGCUUAGCAUUUUAGGUUCAGAUUUAUUUUGUGUUCUGGUGGGGUGUGACUGUCCAAAGUCCAAAAAAUGGAUGUACCAAUCACAGAUUGCCCCUUUUAAAACCCCCUAGAGUCGACUGACGCUGCAUGGUUCUCUUAUCUCCUAGAAAUGGGACAGGCACUUCAAAACCCCUGUUCCUUUUAUGAUUUAUUUUUUUGACUGUCUGUUUUGCCAUUUAUGAAUGUGCUAUUCAAUGCAUUUUCUCUGGGCUAUAGCAGUGAAGGCCAAAUUAUGUUUAAUCAAAUAUAUAUAUUAAUUUUUUUUUUAUACCUACAGGGUUCCUAAAAUUCCAAAAUCAAAAAUGGCUAAAUGAUACAUUUUAUGACCAUCUUAAAACAAUUUCAUAUGUUAGCUUUAGUAGAUAUUGAAAUCUAAGGGUUUAGACUCACAGGGUAAACAUGGUCCUAAUAGAAACUUCCCCGUUCUUAACUAUUGCUCAGCUUACAGUAUCAGUGCAGUAAUAGCACCAAGCGACCACUAGAUGGCGGUGUAGGACCCACUACACAAGGAAGUGCAGUGUACUGUGUAAGUAUAGUAGUCGUCAACCCAGAACUAGGCUUCUGCAGCCACAGGGGAGCUUUACAAGUCAACAUCUCUGCUGCGUUUUACAGUUGAAUCUAACACUAAGAGAGUGUAAUUGUGUGUGAGGGGAAAAAGAGAGAGGGAACGUUGUGUGUAUGUACGCGCCUAUACAAUGUGUCUUUGUGAGUCCUUGGCAGAGAGAGAGAGAUUUACACUACCUCAUACAUCUCUCCCUCUUCCUUCAAUUGUUAUCCUCCUCUCAUACUCUCUCUUUUCAUAACCUAAUUUAACGACUGUCGAAUUAUGCUUCCUCUAAUCUUGGUUACCCAGAAGUCAAAUUCUCAUAAAAGUUUGCUGUUGACACGCAGAAUCUUUCCACGAGAAAUUGAUUUCUUUAACCGUUAUCUUUUCCCUCUCUCUCUCUCAACUCCCCCUUUCUCUCUAUUUUCCCU